UUACUUUUUUAUUUGUUUGGUAUUUUUCGAGUUACUUGAGCUAGUCGCGUCGUAGAUAACCAAUACGCGUACUGAUAUUUACUCCAGCCAUUAGUGGCAGUAUCAACACCACUACUACUUUGCGUCUUUUUUUGUAAACAGAUAAGCACACACCGACAGCACUAAAAAAUCAGCAGCAGCAGUAAUAGCAAGUCCAAUCAGCACAGAGGGUUGCUGUAGAUAACAAAAUCAUGGACGUCGUAAUGCAGUACCUGGACACCUACGUGUUCGACAGCGUCUACAACAAAGCAGCGCUCCUCACAUCGACCUCACCACUGCCGCGCGAUAGCCUUGUUCGGCAGUCCCUGUCCCUCUUUGUAUUCAUCUACACGUACAUUAUCUCGUUCUACUUUGGCACAGCCGGACUAUCGUACAGAUUCCUCUACGAUAAGAAACAGGAGCAGCACCCAAAGUUCCUCCCCCGGCAGCGAUUCAUGGAAAUGGCAUGCGCGUCGCGCGCCCUGCCGCAGAUCACAGUAAUGACGAUUCCGUGGAUUCUUGGGGAGAUCCACGGAAAGUCUCUGGUAUACAAGGAGUGGGAUAAGUACGGGUACCCGUAUCUGUUCUUUUCUGCAGCAAUGUUUAUUUUAUUCACGGAUUUCUGCAUUUACUGGGUCCACCGGCUGGAACACCACCCGUCGGUGUACGCAAAGUGCCAUAAGCUGCACCACAAGUGGAUCGUCUGCACACCUUACGCGUCGCACGCAUUCCACCCAAUGGACGGAUACUUGCAGUCCAUACCGUAUCACCUAGCGGUAUUCGUGUUCCCAAUGCACGAAUACGUUUACUUGGGCCUUUUCGCCUUUGUAAAUGUCUGGAGCGUAAUGAUUCAUGAUGGCGAGUAUGUGUCGGAUAACCCAAUUGUCAAUGGCGCAGCGCACCAUACGAUUCAUCAUUUGUACUUUAACUACAACUACGGACAGUUCACGACACUGUUUGAUCGCCUGUUUGGAACUUAUCGGAAGCCCUCAGCGGAGAUUUAUGAUCGGUCAAGGAGAAACUCCAAGCUGGUGCAGAAUGCCCAGGCUACAUUUAUUGACAAUGCGCUCCCGUCGCUCGAAAUUGUCGGCAACAAUAAUAACAAAAAGACCCAAUAAAUUAAGGGGUGUUUUUUCUUCUUUCUCAUUUUUUUACACUUUAACUAAAUUCAAUUAAUAUUU